UCUCCCUGUGUCUUUCUAUGCAGAAUAAAGAAAUAUUGCUUCAAUCUUUAGUGUGUUCAGUUUAGUUUCAGCACACAGUCUUGAAGGAACCAGUGAGGGCUGGGACAUCCCUCUCCAGGGGUGCCAGGUGCAUUUAGAAAGAAAAUGGCCACAAUCAUAGCAUUUUUUUUAUUCAGUACUCUUCUUCAAUCACUUAUUGCAUCAGUGCCUCCUCCUUGUGUCUUCCCAUUUAUUUACAAUGGAAAAUCCUACAAUUCUUGCACUGAAGAUGCAAGCCAGAACCGCCCAUGGUGUGCCACAACCCCAAACUAUGAUCAAUCUAAAAAAUGGAAGUAUUGUGCAACUAAAGAAUAUGGUGGUAAUUCUGGUGGAAAACCAUGUGCAUUCCCUUUUACAUACAAGAAACGAACAUAUUAUAGUUGCACGAAUGAAGAUGCAGAAAUAGGAAGAUUCUGGUGUGCAACAACUGGGAGUUAUGAUAAAGAGGAACAAUGGAGCUACUGUGCUGAUACCAGACUAGCUGCAAAUUCACAGGGGCCUUGUGUGUUUCCUUUUAUCUACAAGGGACAAUCCUACUCAGCUUGCACAAAAGCUGGGUCUUCUGAUGGAAAGCUCUGGUGCUCUUUGAGCAGCAACUAUGAUAGAGAACCAAAAUGGACUUACUGUACACCCUCAGAAUUACGUCCUUGCAAGUUUCCCUUCCAAUUCAACAACAAAUUCUACUUUCGUUGUACAAGAGAUGGUGCAUAUGAUAACCAAUUGUGGUGUGCCACAACUGCAAACUAUGACAAGAACAGUAAAUGGAGGGCAUGUGCCACUGAAGAAUACGAAGGUAAUUCUAAAGGCAAGCGCUGUGUUUUUCCAUUCAUCUACCGUGGGAAAACAUUCAAUUUUUGCACCAAUGAAAAUUCAGAGGAUGGAAGAUUUUGGUGUUCUGUCACAAGGAAUUAUGACCAAGAACGGCUAUGGAGCUACUGUGCUGAUACAAGACUAUAGAUCAGGAAGGCCUGUUGGACAAUAUGUGUGAUUCCUCAGAUUACCAAAAUCAAGAAAAUAUUGGAUGUUUGUGAUUCCAGGGAUAAUAAUUUUUGAAUGGAAGUUAUGACUAUAUGCCAUCUAUCACUUUACCUUUGCAAACUUAUCACUGCAGAAAAGAGAUAUCUAGGCUUGCUAGAAGCUAUCACACUCUGCAUUACUUUACUGUGACCCAUCUUUAUUCAUAAUUGUGUAUAAAAGAAUCACCUAAGAAAUUAUUUUAAUGCUAGAUAUGGUCAGUUUCCAGUUGCUUGCUGUCCCAUUUUUUAGUAGUUUCCAGGGCACCUUCAUUUGUGCCACCAGAAUUUGUAAGGAACCGGUUACUGUAUUUUUCACUACAUAAGAUGCAUUCCCCCCCCAAAAGUGGGUGGUAACGUCUCUGCAUCUUAUGGAAUGAAUAUGGGUGACAGGCAGCAGUGGCAAAAGGUGGCAGCUAUCCCCAGUGGAACAGUUGAUUGGCGGUAUUCCAGGAGGCCAAUCCAACCACCGAUCAGCUGCUUGGCUGCGAAGCUCCAGUGUUCCCUGGCGGAGGCAACAGACAUGGAAGAGGCAGCUAACCAGGCUGUUUGCUGUUUGCUGCAAGGACUUUAGCCAGAUGGAUGCUGGGAGGCAGAAGCAGAUUUUUUUUCUUGUUUUCCUCCUCUAAACCUAAGUGCAUUUUAUGGUCAGCGAAAAAUACAGUAAUUUCCCAUCAUUUUAAGUCUACUUUAAAAUUCUUAUCUUUAGAAUAUUGUAGGCUUAAAAAAUAAUUUUAAUUGAGUUUCCUUGUAGUGUUUAAUGUUUAAAAACCUGAUAAAAUAUAUUUCUUACAUUGCUUUGUUCAUUAUGGUAUUCAAUACUGUAAGAUAUAGCAGAAAAAAAAGCAUACUGGCCCUAGGAAUAUACACUGGCUUUUGCCCACUUUUAUAGAAAUAUAAACGAUUGUGAUAUCUUCUUUUUGAUUUGCUGGAUGGCUCCUGAUAAUUUCUAAAUGUCUGAUUCUUUGUAAUAAAUAUAUUUAGCAGCAAA